AUGCUCUUCUCUGCAGUUGUUGUAUCAGCCUGUUUUUCUCCUGUUGUGUUGGCAAAAUACCCCAAGAUUCGUACUUUGGGGCAACUGACCAACGGAACAUGGCUGGAAAAUAUUGUUGUGCGCUCUAAUGGGGCAAUUCUAGCAACGCAGCUUCUUAACGAGUCGAACAUUUGGACAAUCAAGAAACCAGAGUCCUGCUAUAGUUCUCUUGAGCUAGUCACUUCUUUGCCUUUCGCCAACGCUUCUGUAGGCAUCACACGAAUCACCGAUAUCAACGGACUUGAGACCUACGUGAUUGCCGGCGGGAAUUUCAGCAACGGUGAAAGUCCAGCUCCAGGAGAGUAUACAGUCUAUACCUUGCAAUUCUUGAACAAGUAUUCCGAAGAGUUCAAACUUCGAAAGAUUGCUGCCCUCGGCCCUUCCAGCAUCUCGGCAAAUGGCAUCAUAAGCUCUGACGAAUAUCCUGGCGUGGUUUUUAUUGCCGACAGCUUUACCGGUCUCAUAGGUAGACUUGAUGUCUCUACCGGCCGUUUCCAACAAGGAGUCUGGUCAUAUAAAGAACUGAAAGCUCCGCCAGGGCUCAGAACUGGCGUCAAUGGCGUUAAACUUUAUCAGUCACAUCUCUAUUGGACAAACAGCGAAUUGGUUGCAGUGUACAAAGUCCCAAUCACGGCAUCGGGAUGGCCUGUCCCAGAUGCAGUUCCUCAACUAGUUGCCAACCUAUCCAGUGUUGCUUCCAUCGUUGACGACUUCGUCAUUGACAGUCGAGGGAAUAUCUAUUCUGCCACAAAUCUAGACAACACUAUUAUUUUCUCUGAUGUCAAGACUGGGAGAAGCAAAGUAGUCGCAGGAGGGUUAAAAGACUUUAUACUGGAAGGUGUAGGCGCUCUCGCCAUUGGAAGAGAGAGGCACGGGGAAAUACUGCUGUACGGUGCAACAUCUGGGGGACUGGAACGCCCCAUAAAUGGUAUAACAGAAGGGGCAAAAGUUUCGGCAAUCAGUCUUAGGACGAAUCCAUAG